AUGGCUCACCGUGUUCAGUGCAGUGUCCGUUAUCCACAGCCACCAGUUCACACAUAUCAUCAGCCAGGAAACUUCAUCAUUGGUUCUGUAGCUUAUCACGGCUGCGUGGUCACCAGUGAAAUACUUUUCUCAGAAGAACCCCUGCCAUCAUUGACAGAUAUAUUUAUAUUUGAAUGCAAUUCUCAUUCCAGCAUAGUGCCCAAGUAUUACCAACACUUCACAGCCUUGGUUUUUGCAGUAAAGGAGAUCAAUGAAAACCCUCAGAUCUUACCCAAUCUCACGUUGGGAUUCAACAUCUAUGACAGCCAUAACAAUGCAAGGAAGACCUAUUAUGCCACAAUGCUGCUUCUAUCAGCUCUGAAAAGAUUUAUCCCUAACUACAUAAAGAACAACCAGAAAAAUCUAAUUGCUGUCAUUGGGGGACUAGAUGCCCACAUUUCUUUUAACAUGGCAAAUCUCUUGAAUAACUAUAAGAUUCCGCAGCUCAUAUAUGGUUCCAUUCCAUUGAUGAAUGAUGAAACCACAGGGCAUUCCUACUACCAGAUGGUCCCCCGUGAAGCCCUUCAAUAUACAGGGAUUCUUUCUUUGCUUCUAUAUUUCAAAUGGACAUGGAUAGGAGUCUUUAUAAUGGAUGAUGAAAACGGUGAAAGAUUUUCGCAAACUGUAUUACCACUCUUUUCCCAGAAAGGUGUCUGCUAUGCAUUCAUAAAAAGAGUCCCCCUAUUCACUGAUCCCUCUCAAAUUAACCAAGUAGUAGAACAUGGUGAGGAAAUAUAUAAUGAAGUAAUGCAUAGUACAACAAAUGUUGUUCUGUUUUAUGGAGAAUCAAAAUCAACGGUAUUUUUGAGAUGGAUUCCAUAUUUUGCAGAAAAUCCACCAUGUCUACCAAAAGCUAUGGUAUGGAUAACAACAGCCCAAAUGGAGCUCACUUCACAAGUGUUUCAAAGGAACUGGGAAACAGAAAUAUUUCAUGGUGUCCUAUCCUUCACAAUCCACUCCAAUGACUUCCCAAAAUUCAAAUCAUUUGUUGAGAGAAGAAAUCCUUUCAGCACGAAAGGGGACGGUUUCAUCAGGGACUUCUGGAAACAGGCCUUUGGCUGUGUAUUCCCAGAUGCAGAUAUGGCAGAUGUGGAGGAGAAUAUAUGCACUGGGGAGGAGAAAUUGGAAAGCCUCCCAGCACCAUUCUUUGAGAUGAACAUGAAUGGCCACAGCUAUAGCAUCUACAACGCUGUCUAUGCUGUAGCCCAUGCUUUACAUGACAUGUCCUCAUCUAGACUCAAACACAGAGCAAUGGAAAGUAAAAUGGAGCAUCAGAAUCAACAGCUGUGGCAGCAUAAUAAUGAUGAUAAUGAUGAUAAUGAUAAUAAACCUACAGAGACAAAAACAGUGAAACAAGGGCUAAAAAGCAAUAUUAUCCAGAACAUAGAACAGAAAUCAAUUCAAUCACAGCUCCAUCAUUUCCUCAGAAGUGUCUCCUUUAACAACAAUGCUGGAGACACAGUUUCCUUUGACCAGAAUGGGGAGAUAGUGGCUGGAUUUGAUGUGAUCAACUGGAUUGUUUUCCCAAACCAAUCAUUUCAUAGGGUGAAAGUUGGAAGGGUGGAUCCUAACCAAGUGUUCACCAUCAAUGCGGAUGCCAUAACAUGGUACAGUGGGUUUAACCAGACCCAGCCACUUUCUUUAUGUAAUGAGAGGUGCCAUCCUGGCUUUAGGAAGAAAGUGAAGGACGGGAAACCAUUUUGCUGUUAUGAUUGCAUCCCAUGUCCUGAAGGGAAGAUUUCAGACCAGGAGGACAUGAAUGAUUGUAAUAAAUGCUCAGAAGAAGAAUAUCCAAACACAAAUCGGGAUAUGUGCAUUCCCAAGGAAAUAAGCUUCUUGUCUUUUGAAGAAACUUUGGGGAACAUUUUAGUCUGCUUUGUUCUUUCCUUUUCUUUGGUUACAGCUCUGGUGCUGUGGACAUUUCUAAAGCACCACAGCACACCCAUUGUCAAAGCCAACAAUCGGGACCUCACCUACACUCUCCUCAUUGCCCUUCUCUUCUGCUUCCUUUGUGCAUUGCUAUUCAUCGGAAAGCCUGAGAAGUUGACAUGCCUCCUCCGACAAACAACAUUUGGCAUCAUCUUCUCAGUAGCUGUUUCUUGCGUGUUAGCAAAAACCAUCACAGUAGUUCUGGCUUUUAUGGCCACCAAACCAGGAUCCAAGAUGAGGAAGUGGGUGGGGAAGAGAACAACCACUUCCAUUGUGGCUUCCAGCUCCCUUAUUCAAGCAGCUGUCUGUACUGUGUGGCUGGGAUUCUCACCCCCAUUCCCAGAUCUUGACACACACUCGUUGACUAAAGAAGUUGUACUAGAAUGCAAUGAGGGAUCCGUGACUAUGUUUUACUGUGUCCUGGGCUACAUGGGCUUCCUGGCUAUUGUCAGCUUCACUGUGGCUUUCCUUGCCAGGAAGUUACCUGACAGUUUCAACGAAGCCAAGUUCAUCACUUUCAGCAUGCUGGUCUUUUGCAGUGUUUGGCUGUCCUUUAUUCCCUCCUACCUGAGCACCAAGGGAAAAUACAUGGUAGCUGUGGAGAUCUUUUCUAUCUUAGCCUCCAGUGCUGGUCUGCUGUGCUGCAUCUUUGCCCCCAAAUGCUACAUCAUUGUGUUACGGCCUGAGCUGAACAACAGGGAACAUCUAAUAAGAAAUAAGGCCUGA